GUAAUUCGACCAUGCCACGGUGUAAAAUCGUCACAAGUCUGUACGAUAAGUCCUUCAACACCCUCCAAAGUGUCCUGUGGAAGUGUGCUGAUGCCCUGGACCGCGAAAAUACGGGGCUGAAUCGCUCCUUCCUCGUCGCGCAAGUCAAUUCUUACAUCACUGACAAUCUCUCCGCCAACCUGCUUGAGGAGCUGAUGGAGCGUCAGGAUGGCACAUCUCACAUGUACUUCAUGUUCCUGCUGCGUCCGGAUUGCAGGAAGUUCACAGCCAGAAACAUCAUGCUUCCCUACUCUUCCUGGGAAUCGAUCUUCUCCACGCACUUCCGCAACAUUGUGGUGCUGAAUCUGUCCCUCUCCUGCACAGAUUACAUCCUGCAAUUUGUGCCGCGCUACUGUCCAAAUCUCGAGGUGCUGAACGCCACUUGUCGCUACGAGAGAAUGCGAAUUGGCCUGAAUGCCGCCGCCUUCUCGCUGUCCGUGACAGACGCCGGCCUGGAUCACCUGUGCGAGUGCCAGAAGCUGCGCAUCCUGGUGGUGAAUGAGCCCAGGAGUCAAUCGCGCGGCAUCCAGACCAGCAUCACGUACAACGGUCUGCGGAAGCUGCUGCGGAACGUGCAGACGCUGGAGAGCAUCACGUACUCGGAUCUGGGGAGUGUGAUUGGGAAGGGCAUGGAGAACGUGGACAGCCUUAAUCUGCGCAUUGUGCGCCACUUCAACGCCACCGGCGACACAAUGGCGGAAAUUCUGCGUCUCUGUCAGCGUCUCGAGAGUCUCUAUCUCACCUUCUUCAACAACACACCGCACGAGGAUGUUCUGCAGCAAAUCUUCCACUUCCAGCCGCGCCUGCGGAGUCUCCAGGUCAUCAACUUCAACUGCCAUCGCUACACACGCAACCUCUUCACGUCCGUCGGCGCCGCGCUGCAGGAAUUGCACAUCGCUGAACACCACGAACCGCUGCGAUUCGCCGAAUUGCUGGUCAUCGGACGCCUCUGUCCGCGCCUGCGACACUUCACCAUCUGCAACUACAGCGACAAUCAGCCGCAAAUGUGCGCACCGCCCAACUUUGGCCAAUUCAGCCACCUGGAGAUCUUCGAGAUCGGCUGGAGUUGCAUCAACUUCCCCUUCGUGAUGCUCUUCUGCCUGCAGAACGCCCAGCACUGCCUCCGGAGUCUCACGGUGACGCAUCGCGUGUGCGACAAGAUCACCUUCGUCGAUGACUUCCUGCUGAAACACUUCACAUUCCACGCCAUCCAGGAGAUCACGAUCUCCUCGUGCUAUCGCUUCAGUCGCACGGGCCUCGAGGCGCUCAUUCAGCGUCACGACACGCUGCAGUGCCUCAAUGUUCACUGUCCGGACGACUGUGGCGACAUUCACGACUUCAUUCGCAACAACAACCUCGAUCUGGUGUUCAUCAACAAACUCCAUCAGCUUCUCGAGUGA